CCAAUAAAUCCCCCGGGUUCCCACCCUAGCCUGCCCAACACGUACGCAAAGAAGCUAGCUCCUGUGUCUUCCGCCGCCGCGUCUUUUGGCUACUAAUAACUAGGGUUUCGUUUCGCCUCCCAAUACUCCGAUCGGUCGAUGGCGGCCGAGGAAGGCGAGAAGAAGAUGAUCACGCUCAAGAGCUCGGACGGUGAGGAAUUUCAGGUCGAAGAGGCGGUCGCCAUGGAGUCGCAGACCAUCCGCCACAUGAUCGAGGAUGACUGCGCCGACAACGGCAUCCCGCUCCCCAACGUCGACUCCAAGAUCCUCUCCAAGAUCAUCGAGUACUGCAAGAAGCACGUCCAGGCCGACGCCAGCUCCUCCACCUCUACUACAGCCGCCGCCCCCGCCGAGGACCUGAAGAGCUAUGACGCCGACUUCGUCAAGGUCGACCAGGCCACCCUCUUCGACCUCAUCCUCGCCGCAAACUACCUCAACAUCAAGGGAUUGCUCGACCUUACUUGCCAGACUGUUGCCGACAUGAUCAAGGGAAAGACUCCCGAGGAGAUCCGGAAGACUUUCAACAUCAAGAAUGACUUCACACCCGAGGAGGAGGCCGAGAUCCGCAGGGAGAACCAGUGGGCUUUUGAGUAGCAUCUAGCUAGGCACUAUUUCGUUGAAUUACUCCUUUAUUAGUAUUCGUCUUUUAUUUAGACUUCGUAUUAUGCAAGAAGAAACCUAUCAAUUACUUCUGAAACUGAAUUGUUAUUUGUCAAGUGGAUGUUUUGAUUGGUGACAUCAUCCUAAUUAGCUAAUUUAUGUGUGUCAUUUGA